CAAUUUAAGAAUUAAUUUGAAAGCACUUGUUCAUAAUUGAAUAUAUUUUUGUUAAAAAAUGGAGAAAGAUAAUCUGAAAAUAUUAGUAUAUCAAGAACAAUCAGAGAGCAAAAUAAAUCAAUGUUGGCAAUGUCUUACAGAAUCAUCUAAUACAAACUCAGUACCAACGAACAAUUAUACAAAUGAAUCACGAAAUUUUAAGAAUAUGCUAUAUAUACAAAAUACAUAUAAUUCUAGUAAUGAACUUUUGCCAAAUAAAUUAAUUAAUCUAAUAAAAUUAGAUUUGUCUGACAAUUAUUUAAAGGAUCUACCUGAUUAUUUAGAUGUAUUAAAAAAUCUACAACAUCUCAUUCUUAAUAAUAAUCAACUUUCAUAUUUGCCAAGUAUAAUUGGAGAUCUGGAAAAAUUAAUAUCUUUAAAAGUACAUAACAACAACAUAACAGAAGUUUCAGAAAAUAUUGGAAAUUUAUCAAAUCUUGAAGAUUUGGAUUUAAGUUCUAAUAAAUUAACAGACAUUCCAUGUACUUAUAAAAUGUUAAAUAGAUUAAAAUAUCUUUCUCUUGCUAAUAACAAUUUUAUAUGUAUUCCUGAUUGCCUCAGAAUAGGAAUGUGCAACUUGGAAAUAUUAGAUUUAUCACAAAAUAGUCAUAUUAUGUUGAAUGUUCCAUUAUGCAGUAUGAAGAUUAAAAGAUUUUAUGCAAAAGAAAAUGAUAUCUGCCCAUCAUUUGUAAAUUGGAUGUUUACUAACAAAUAUUAUAAAUUGGAAGAAGUAUUAUUAGAUUAUACAGUGUUUCAGAAAUUUAAUUUUCCAAGUGAAGAAAUAUCAGUUUUAAAUAUUAAAAAAUUAUCCAUGGUACAAUGUAAAUUGUCUGAACAAUUUUUAAGCGAAAUCAUUAAAAGACUAAAAUGUCUUGAAAGUUUAAAUAUUGGUAAUAAUGAGAUAACAAUGAAAGGAAAUACUUUUUGGGUUUUACCAAUUCAAGAUAUAAAAAAUAAAUCUAAUGUGAAAGAAAUAAAUGCUUGUAAAACAAAUAUUCCAAUGAUACCUAAAUGCAUAAAUGAGUUUCUGGCUUUGGUAACAAUAGAUGCUAGUUUUAAUUACAUCACUUGGUUACCUGAUGAAAUAUGUGACUUGCAUAAUUUACAAAAUUUGAUAAUAAAUAAUAACUUAUUAGUUAGUUUGCCCGACUCUAUCGGUCAAUUGACAUCACUUAAAACAUUAAAAGCUAGUUAUAAUGCAUUAACUUGUUUACCAAGUUCUAUGAUGCAUUUAAAUAAUUUACAGUUUCUGGACCUUUAUGAUAAUGAAUUUUAUGCAGCAACAGAUAUUAAUAUUAAUAUAACUUGUUUACAAGGAAUAGACCUUGAACAAAAUUACUUUUCAACUAAUGAUUUACCGAUCACGAAGAGUUAUUAUGAAAAUUUAAGAAUAGCAUUAUUAGAAUAUUGGAACAAAGAAUAUAGAGAAGUUGGUUUAAAAAAGAAGUCUGAAUGCAGAGAUAGCAAUGAAUCUUUACAUUCAUUUUACACAUAUAAUACUAAUGAUGACGAAUUACAAGAAAUAGAGAAUUCUUCUGAAUGGGUUGAGGAAAAUUGGGAUGACUCAGAAAAUUCAGCAGAUGAAUUUGAUCCAAAUGAAUAUUGGGAACCGAAACCGCGACAAUGUUCUCCUAUCUUUGCUUAUAAAAGACAAAUUUUUCAAUCAUAUUUUUGUCCCUCAGAUUUACAUGCUAAAUCAAUUGGUAAGCAUCUUAAACAAAUAUUACAUAAUGCUACUUUAUCUUUGAAUACCGAAUUUGAAACAGGUCAAUUUGAAGAUGUCUGAUAAUUAGAAACAUAGUUAAAAAUAAAAUUGGUCUAUGUCACUGCCAUUAAAUCAAAUAAAUAUUAAUAUAUAUUUUUUGAUAAAAUAUUAAAUAUUUAUGUUUUGUUACUUUUUAUUACACUUAUGUAAAUAUAUGUAUUCUUGUAUGUGCAAACAGUGAUACUAAUGUGAAAAUAUAGAAAUGAUCAAUGAACAUGUGAUUUCUACCAAAACAUAAUAUAAAAAUAAAGUAUAAUAAAAUAAUAAAAAGUAUAAUAUAAUAAUGAAAAUCUUAAGAUUUCGU